AUGACUCCCACCACAAGCCAACACUGGGUUCUGGCUAGGAAGCCCACCGGGCGUCCGAUCAUAACCGGUCCGGAGGCAACUUUUGAGCUGACGACUCAGCCAAUCCCUACAUUAGGGGAAGAGCAGGUGUUACUCAAAGUGCUGUUUCUCUCCAACGACCCGGCACAACGAAUGUGGAUCGACCCUAACAUCCUUCCGGAGCGGCUGUAUACCUCACCUGUCGAAAUCGGAGAGACAAUGAGAUCGUAUAGCUCCAUCGCCGAGGUUGUUGAAUCCACGUCUAAGACACUGCCAGUUGGGGCCCUGGUCUGUUCUACAACUGGCUGGUGCGAGUAUGUGGUCCUGCCAGCAGAGACAGCAAUGCGGAUCGAGCCUGUCGACGAUUUGCCACCUACGCACUUUUCAGGGAUAUUCGGCAUUGCCGGCGUGACUGCGUACUAUGGCUUGGUCGAUAUUAUAAAAGCUGGGCACGAAGAUGCUAUCGUGAUUAGCGGAGCAGCUGGCGCAGUUGGCUCGGUUGCUGUUCAGAUUGCGAAGAAUAUGCUGGGAUGCAGGAAGGUAAUCGGAAUUGCCGGAACAGAUGCGAAAUGCCAAUGGGUAGAAAGCCUAGGAGCGGAUAUCUGCCUGAACUACAAGAGCAAAACAUUCACAGAGGACCUAAAGAGCGCUACAGACGGAUUUGUCGAGGUCUUUUUUGACAACACCGGGGGCGAGAUCCUAGAUCUGAUGCUCACACGGAUGCAGAAGGAGGGCAGAGUGGUGGCAUGUGGUGCAAUAGCCGACUACAACAGCCAAACUCGAGCAGGGAUUAAGAAUUGGUACGAUGUUAUUGGCAUGCGACUACAGAUUAAGGGGUUUGUUGUGACGGAUGCUGGCCCGGCUAGGUGGGCGGCGAUUGUGGGCGCUCUUGUCCAAGGCUAUCGCGAGGGUAAGAUCAGAGUUGCAGACGACGGGCAAACUAUUGUGCCAACGGCCUUUGAGGACAUACCAAAGACGUGGAUGAGGCUUUUCGACGGGCAGUCCACUGGCAAACUGCUCACAAGACUUGAGUAA